AUGCCACGAGAGUACGCCCCCGCCGACAGAAAACGCAAAUCCCACGAUAUCUCCGACGAUGCAGAUGCAGCAGCAACAGCGCCCGGAGGAGGUCCGCGGAAGAAAAUCCACCUCCCUAAGAAAGAACACAAGUACCCGUCUGUCAACGAGCUCAAGAAACGGAUUCGGGAUGUGAAGCGUCUACUCAAUAAGGCGGACUUGCCGGCUGAUGCGCGCAUCGUGCAGGAGCGUGCGUUGUCGGGGUAUGAGAAGGAAUUGGAGGAUGAGUUGAAGAGGAGGGAUCGGUCGAAGAUGAUUAAGAAGUAUCAUUUCGUGAGGUUUUUGGACCGCAAAACCGCAACCAAAGACGUGAACCGGCUGGUGCGCCGCGAAAAGGAAGUCUCGAGUGCCGGUCCCGAUGUCAUGGAUGAGAAGACCAAGGAGAAGAAACUUGCUUCCUUGGCCGGGAAGCUCCGAGUCGCUCGCGUGAACUUGAACUAUACCAUUUACUAUCCAUUGGAUGAGAAGUAUAUCGCCUUGUACGCGGAGCAGAAGAAGAAGGUCAAGGGAGAGGGUGCUGAGGAUGGUGGCGAUGGCGCUGACUCGGACGGUGAUGCGCGGUUUGGAAUGGUGCAUGCGACGGUUGCGGAUAAGCCGGCGAUGUGGCAUGUGGUGGAAAAGUGUAUGAAGGAUGGGACGUUGGAUAUGUUGAGGGAUGGCAAGUUGGAGUCUGGGGCGAAGGCUGGAGAGAAGGAUCGGAAGAAGGAGGAGAGAAGUCAAAGGGGUGGUGAGAAGGCGAAGAAGAGCCAGGAGCGUGGGCUGUCGUCGUCGCAGGCUGGGAAGAGUAAGGACAGGUCCAGGAAGGUGGAUGAUAGGAAGAGGACUAGGGGAUCGACUGCUGAGGAUCAUGUCAUGCGGGAUGCGGGCAAUGAUGAUGGCGAGGAGAGUGAUGGCGGUUUCUUUGAGAUGUGA